CCUGCUAUCGACUAGCUACAGAACCCCUGCCCGCGCACGGGAACAUGAAUAACGCAAGAGUUAAUUGGCACGCUCACAACACACAGACACACACAGAGCCUGGUGUGUGAAGGCUUUAAUGUCCCUUUAUUUUUAUUAUUCCACACCUGUGCCCGGUCUCUUAAAGAAUAAUACGUGUUAAUGUCUGUUCCAAAACAAUAUUUAAAAUGAUUGUAGUUUCUGUGAGCUCUUGUAAAUGGGGUAUCUUUUGUUCCGAGUAGAUCGCUCAGCAUUAAUACAUUUAAUGCACACAGGUUCUCUAUCCAUGCACUACACGCUUUUCCCACACAAACCACCGAAAAGGGGAACUGUGUUAUAGUAGGCGCUAUUUUACACCGGGACCUAAUUUAUUGUAACAACAGGUUGUUUACAUCGGAAGUGAAGGGCAGAAGCACUGGAAAGCAGACACCAGGCGUGUGUGCAUAGUUUAAAAGGUUUAGUGAACCCUGCUGAGUUGGUCUCUUAUUAUAAAUAAUGUGGUGGAAUAUCAGGUAGUUUAAAAUGUUGGUUGGCUACAGCAGCAGCUCGGAGGAAGAGGAGGACAGUGAGGCUGGCGGUGAAGCGCCAGGAGCGACCAAUCAAAGUGAAACUACCUGCCGAAAGUACCAAGAGGAAGAUGAUGGUUUCCCAGCGAGGAAGAAACCCAAAACUGAGGAAGAGGCCCCUAAAUCGAGACUGCCUCUCCCGGGAUGUCUGUCGGCCAUGUUUACAGAUGAGGUGGACCCUCAGACUGAAGACGGCUCUCUUCAUGGUGGACGCAUCCGCUCCUUCAAGCAUGAAAGAGGAAACUGGGCUACCUACAUUUAUUUCCCAUAUCCUCCCGAGGAUGAGUUUGGGGAGCUGUUGGAUGGGCUGCUCUCGGCAGCAGGCGCCCGGGGUGUGGUUUUGACUCCGCAGGAAGAGUUCCACCUCAGCCUGUCUCAGACGGUGGUGCUCAGACACCACUGGAUCCAGCCAUUCACACAGAGCCUCAAGACAAGUCUUGCACGCUACAAAAGGUUUGUGUGCUCAGCAGGGAGGCUGCAGGUCUAUUGUAAUGCGGAGAAGACGAGGACAUUCCUGGGGAUGGAAGUGUCAACUGGGCAUGCUCAGUUGUUAGACCUGGUCCAAGUUGUUGACAGGACGAUGACAGAGUUUCACCUGGAGACUUUCUAUAAGGAUCCAUCUUUUCAUGUGAGUCUGGCCUGGUGUGUUGGAGACCUGACAGUGCAGAUGGAGGAGUGCAUACAGGAGCUGCAGAGUCUAGUAGACAACCAUGAAGAUGGACCAUUUGUGUUGAGGUUGGACUGUUCAGAGCUUCGCUGCAGGACGGGAAACAAGACUUUCCGCUUCCCUCUGGAAUCCUAGACCAUGUCGAGUCGACGGCUUUGUUGCACAGCUAAGUGGAGGACUCCAGUGUUGAGUGAUAGUCAUCUGCAAAGCCCAUUUAAGAACUGCUGGAAUGCCCCAAUGAAGGGGAUCACAGCUAAUAAUGAAAGGAGGUGUUACUGAUCUCUAUGCGUCUUUAGUACUGUAUUUAAAUAAAGCCACUUGUUUUGUACUUUU